UAAACCACUCUACAAGUGUAAACAUAUUGUGCAACGAAUAUCUGAAAUUUAACGUGAGGCGGACAAUAUGUUUUUUGGACAGCCUUGAAAACUACAUUUCCCAACAAUCAUCUGCUUUCCUAGGCAAUGUCCGUGCAAAGCCGCUUGGAUAAAAAAAGCUGGGCGCAACAGCUGAAGUAUACCAUUACACGCCGGGGAACCUGCUCAGUCUUUAUUGGGACAAGGACGGAAUAAAAUAGAACUGCGAAGGAUUUACUUAUCCACGUUGUAGUCAACACAAGAGAUGAGAUCCACUCUUUCUUAAAUGUGACACAUGGUCGAAUUAGUCGUCGAAUUAGUCCGUAUUGAAAGAUAAGCCGUUAUAAUUCUCGCACUUGACAGUGGAUAUUGUCUUUAGGGUGCAAUGUUUGAUUCACCAUCUCAACAGGAUCUCUAGUUACUUUUGCACGCGCAAUGGGAUUACAACUUGCUUGCUUAUCAAGUGGGAACAGUUGCGCUCCAUAGCCGGUCCACGCACAGGACGGGCGCGAGAUAUGGAAUUUAGCUUAAUCAACAGGUACACGUGAUUCUUUGCAUGUGGACUUACAAUAUCUCAUCCUGUAGAAAACAAGCGAAAGUGCCCCGCUAACACUCCUCUGAGGAAAUACUGGAUAUCGGCAUGCAGGGUAACAGAUGAACAACUCCAAUUUAUGAAAUGUAAUGAAUCAUGCACACAACUUACUGGCUCUGAUGUCAUUUUUUUUAGAAACAAUGUAAUGCCUUUGUUUAUUACUUAUAAAAGACAUUUUACCUGACAAAGACUGACAAAGUAAAAGCAACCACAUUUAUGUGAGUUAUGCUUGGAACUAAUCGAAAUCAGUACACUUUGCUGAAAGAUUUUCUGGUUUGCAGAAACAGAUAGGUGACAAUGCCCUUUAGUCCUUGAAUGGCGUUCUGUCCUGAAUAAAAUGGCCAAACCGGAGUAAGACCCUCCUCCCGCCUGAAGAGGUGCAUGGGUGCUCGUGUAGUGUGUUGUGACUUAGAAAGGUCAUGGGGUGUGUCCAGAGUGGGACUUGUAAACCGCCUUUCUCUGACACUAUCACGGUCCUUGAACUGAACGCCUCAAUUGACCCAAACCCCACAACAGUGGACGAGUCGUCAGACGUGGUGUUGCGGUACCGGACCCCUUACUUCCGGGCCUCUGCCCAGGUACUGGUCCCGCCUGUGCUCAAGAAAGAGAUCUGGACCAUCGGCUGGAUUCAGGCCUGUAACCAGAUGGACUUCUACAACCACUAUGGAAACGAAGGCCUGUCCAGCUGGGAGCUCCCUGCGCUGCGGUCCGGCCGCGUGCCGGCUCUGAGCGACUCGGACGGCGUGAGCUAUCCGUGGUACGGCAGCACGAGCGAGAUCUACACGGUGGUGGGCCCCACCAGGCGCGAGACGCGGCUCACCGUCUCCAUGAACGACAACUUCCAUCCCAGCGUCACCUGGAGCGUCCCCAUAGCGACGAUGGGCAGUCCGGCGCAGCUGACCGGCAUCCGACGGCACCAGUGCUUCACCACGUGGCUCGUGGCUCGUCACGAGGCGUCCGGCGAGAUGACGCUACUGCGCACGCUACGCUGGAAGGUGCGGCUACGCAUCGACGUUGACCCCCAGCGACCCCUGGGUCAGCGCGCACGCCUGCUGGAGCCACUGCUGCAGGACCAGCCGCUGGUGUUGCCUAGCAACGAGCCCCUCCCACCCAGCGCUCUGACCCCGCCCAACGCCAACCACGCCCAGAUGCUCAUGUGGAGACCCAGCAACGCCCCGCCCAUCAUGGUCAUCCCGCCCAGAUACACACCCACACCCUGAUACACACACACACCCUGAUACACACACACCGUUAUACACACACACACACCUCCCGAGCCAUGUCCAUAUACGGGCAUCACUGAGAUGCCCUCCCGAGCCAUGUCCAUAUACGGGCAUCACUGAGAUGCCCUCCCGAGCCAUGUCCAUAUACGGGCAUCACUGAGAUGUCCAUAUAUGGGCAUCACUGAGACGCCCUCCCGAGCCAUGUCCAUAUACGGGCAUCACUGAGACGCCCUCCCGAGCCAUGUCCAUAUACGGGCAUCACUGAGACGCUCUCCCGAGCCAUGUCCAUAUACGGGCAUCACUGAGACGCCCUCCCGAGCCAUGUCCAUAUAUGGGCAUCACUGAGAUGUCCAUAUACGGGCAUCACUGAGACGCCCUCCUGAGCCAUGUCCAUAUACGGGCAUCACUGAGACGCUCUCCCGAGCCAUGUCCAUAUAAGGGCAUCACUGAGACGCUCUCCCGAGCCAUGUCCAUAUACGGGCAUCACUGAGACGCCCUCCCAAGCCAUGUCCAUGUUCACCCCUUGCAGACACUUAAGUCACGUGACGGCUCCAUGCUGGACGGCAAAAAGAUAGGAGAUGGACGGCAAAUUACAUUAUGGCAUAAAGAUUAUGAUGAA